AUGAGAGGCAGAAAACCAAGAUGGUACAGCUUGACCAAGCCUAAAAUCCGCCAGUCAUGGAACAAAUACAACCUGUAUAACCUGGCCACGGCGAGGCUGAAAAACAAUCGCUUUGCUAGGACCUUCUUCCAGCAGAAAUGGGAUGCCAAGUCUAUGACCCGAAGCUACCACGGCGCCCACAUCAAGGAGUCGGAUUGGAACCGCGCCUUUUCCCGCCGUCUCUUCUCCGCCGUAGACAUGCCGCCCGAGUACCUCGCCACGUUCGACGGCUCCGAGCAGGCCGCUGGCCGCGGUUCCGGCUUACACUCUGAGCCCGGCUCCAAGGGAAGCACGCCCUCCGCCGGCGACUUCUCCCGCUACGAACAGGAACGGCAGGCCCGGGCUCGGAGGUUCGGCCGCCCCUCGACCUCUUACUCUCAUCCGGCGCAGUUGACUGCCGCCAGAGAUUCAAGGGGCCAGAUGCUGGCCCGGCCCGUCCACGAAAUGACGCCGUACAUGAUGAUGGCCUACGCGCCGCUCGAGAGGAGGCUAGACGUCGCCAUCUUCCGCGCCAUGUUCGCCAGCAGCACGCUACAAGCCAAGCAGUUCUGCACACACGGCGCCGUCAAGGUCAACGGCAAGCCGAUGCGAUACGGCUCCUACAAGCUUAACCCGGGCGACAUGUUCCAGGUCGAUGUUGACUCAGUCCUCUACGCCACCGGGCGUCCGAAAACGCCCGCCCACGCAAAGUUUCUCGCCGGUGAAGACUGGGAGUCGGCGAACGCCGUUAAGGACUCCAAGCAGGGCAAGAGCCGCAUCCUCGACCCGGAGGCCUCAGAACAGGCCGCCGGUGACACACCAGUCGAGGCCGAGGCCGAAGCCGCCGCCGAGGCAGCCGUCGAGGACGCCGAGGCCAAGGCUGCGGCCCCUGAGGAUGGCGAGGGCGAUGCCGCUGCUACCGAAUCAGCAGAAGAGAGCCAGGCCUCUGAGGAAGAGCGCCGCGCCGCGCACCACAAGCAGCUCAAGGCCCUCGUCCGCUCUGCAAGGAUGCUCAUCCACGACGGCGAUGGCCUCAACCCCCGCAAGAAGCGCCAGCUGCGCGCCUUCAUGACGGAAGCCAAGCGCGCCAUCUCGUCCUCAGGCCGCGUGACCAAUGCCGAGGCGUCCCUCAACGACCCCAACGCCGUCAUCGACAACCUCUCCGGUCUGCUCAAGGACUUCAAGCUUGACGGCUCUAAAGUUGAGGCAGUCCCUGCUGAGGGCACCGCCGAGGGCGACCAGCAGGCCGGCCAGAAGCCGGCCCACAAGGAGAAGGCCACCACCGAUACCAUCACGGAGCUCCUCUCCUCCAAGGAGUUGCGCAAGCAGGCCGACGGCCUGACGCGACAGGAGCAGAACGCGCUGGCCAGUCUCCUCCGCCAAAACGCCGAGAACCCUAUCGAUGAGUCCAAGCCCUACUGGACCCCCUGGGAGCCGCGCCGCUACAUGGCGCCCUUCGCCUUCAUCCCCCGCUACCUCGAGGUGAACCAGAACAUCUGCGCCGCUGUCUACCUCCGCCACCCCGUUGCGCGCCGCGGAAUGGCUGAGGUGCCUACUCCCUUCCCCUAUGAGACCAACCAGUUGGCCUUCAACUGGUAUCUGAGGAGGCACUAA